ACUUAGGGAAAUAAUAAUAAAAUUCAUCAAAUUCUUUUAUUAUGAAGCACACCUGUUGUUACUAAGCUAACUUUACGUAUGUAUACUAUUAAUAACAUACUUCACAUAUGUUGUCAUACUUCCUUAAAAUUUUCAACGACAUUAUGAGUACAUAAGAUAACAUAUGGAUAGCUAAGCCAUGAUAUAUGUACAAAAUAAUAUCGACACUUAGAAGCACAACCCUCCAUUUAAAGGGUGUUUUAAAAUAAAGUACGGAGCACAUGUUCAUUAUUUAAGUUAUGACAAAUAACAUAUAAAAAAUUGAUGUUAGUAAUAAUGGAAAAACUUUUUUAUUACACGUAAAAUAUUGCCUAUUUACGGAAAAAUAGGUUUUAAACAUUUUUCUAUUUAAUUAUUAUAUGUCCGAAAACGAGUAUGGUAAAUGAGUGCCUUAAAAGAUCAAGAUCCCGAUUACGGGCCAUCUGCUGCAAAUAAUGAAAAACAUCAACGAAUUUAUGAAGAAAAUGCACGAACCAGUACUGCAAAGAAAAUAAAUGCUAUUAUUGAAAAGGAAUUCUCUCAAGAAAUUAACACAAAAGAGAAAGAAGUUUUAGAAAUACAAGAAAGAUUACACAGAGCAACAAAAAUUCUUCAUUUAUUGCGUUAUGUUAUUGUUGCAGACUUUUAUAAUCGUAAACAAUGUCAAAAUUCACAAAAUGGAGAAACAAAGCAAACUCAAAUUCAUCCUGCAAUAAAAGAAUUAAUUGGUAAAUCACCAAAGAUAUCUGAUAAAUUAAAUAUUCCCAUAUCAACAUCAAGUGAAAAUUAUUUUAAUACAUCACAAUCAAUUUCAAUAUCUCCAUUUAAUAUCACUGGCAAUGCUACAAUAAAAACAGAAGAAACUUCUGAAAAUUGUCGGCUAGAGAAAAGAAGUAAUGAAACAGAUGAAGAAUCAAGGCCAAAGAAAAUUCCUCGAUAUAUUCCACCGAAAAGUGGAAUUCCAGAGUCUCAAUGUCCAUCAAGAGGUAUUAGACACAAGAUACGAAAACGUAUAAUUAUUGGAAAUAUUUCAAAAUGGAUUCCCCCAGAAUGGAGAGAAGAUGCAGCUAGUCAUAAAUGGACAAUGUAUGUUAGAGGAAAUAAGGAAAAUCCUGAUAUCAAUGAUUUUGUUAGUAAAGUCAGAUUCUUUUUACAUCCUAGUUAUAGACCUAAUGAUGUUGUGGAAGUUACAUCAACGCCAUUUUGUCUAUCAAGACGUGGUUGGGGUGAAUUUCCAUUAAGAGUACAAUUGCACUUUAAAAGUGCUCUCAAUAAACCAAUGGAUAUAAUUCAUUAUUUGAAAUUAGAUCGUACUUAUACUGGUUUACAAACUUUAGGAUCUGAGACACUUGUUGAUAUAUGGAUUUAUGCAGACUCCCGAGAUUCUAAACGAAGUACGGGUAAAUUUAUAGAUCAAGAUAUUAACGAAAUCAAAUAUAAUUGCAAAGUGAAAUUAGAAAAUGACAAAGAUAUUAAUCCUAUAUUUGAUUUCACUAGUAACAAUAAUAUAAAUGAAACAUUAAAAUUAACAGAUAAGAUCUGUGACGUAUUAGUUAAAAAAGAAUCUUCAGAAGAUAUAAAAAUUAGCGAAGAUUUAAUUAAUAUGAAAAAAUUGCUAUUUUAUAUAGAACUUGAUCAUGAUUAUUGUGGUUCAAAGUACUUAAAUAGUUCUGAAAAAAAUUUAACUAUUGAUCAUUCAUUAAUAGCAUCAACUGAUUUAUCUUUAGAUAAAACUGUCAUAGUAGAGUACCAGUCAAAAGAAAAUAAAAAGGAAAGUAUUGAAAAUAAUAAUAUAAUAGCAAAUGAACUCUCAAUGAAUGGAGAUUUAAGUAAUUUAAAAGUAAAAGAAGAAUUAAUUAACACGAGUAUACCUUCGCUAAAUGAAAUUAAUCAGGGCACAUUGAAAGUAUUUCCAUUGAGUUGUUCCAAAGUUCACUCGAAUCUUCGUCCUUUGGAAAUUUCCAUUCCUCCAUUGUUUGAACCAUCUGGAAAUAAGCAUGUCUUAGUUCUUCAGAACAACAAAACGAUUCCUGUGGAUAUUACAGUUCCAUGUAUGGAUGAUAAUUAUAAUAAUGAUUUAACGAAAUCGAAGAAUAUAAAUUUAUCUGCUUCUCGCGGUAUUAGCUUAUUAAAAAAACCUUUAGGUUCAGAAACUACAAUUCAAAUACGAAAUACUAAUGGAACAAAAGUACAACAAGGAUUAAAGCUCAAAGUUUCUAAAAGUAUUCUUUUAAAUGUAAAUUCAAAUGUACCAGUGUUAAAAAUAGCAGAUAAAAAAAAUUUUAAUAAUAUUUUCCCUAAUUUCGAAAAGGAUUCAGUUACUGAACAAAUGUUAAAAAUAAAAAAUGAAGAGAUAAAAGAAUCAAAAGCAUUACGUCAAAAAAUCACUUUAGGCAAGGAUAAAUAUAAAAUUCAAAGUAAAAAAGAAUUUUACGACGACGUUUUUCGGACAAUUGAGACUGCAAAUAUUCUAAAUAUUCAAGGCCUAUUACGAUUUAUCAUUAGAAGAAUGCCCAUGAUAACUCGAGACGCUUCCGACUCUGAUUAUAGACGCUUACAUCCUUAUGCUUGUGUAAGUGAAGAAGAAUUCUUUAGAUAUACUAUAACAAAGCGAAAUGCUUGUGAAUGGAAUCGAGCAAAAAUGAUAUGGUGUUUUUUAAAAAAAAAACCAUUUACAGAGGAAGAAUUGUGGAGCAUUAAAGAAAUAAUGAUUUGGGCAAGAUUGCAUGGUUAUACACCUCUUUCUCCGAAUUUUAAUAUUCGGUCAAUAAAACAACAGAAAAGUUUGCCUAAUUCAACAAUUACUAAGUAUGUUUCUACAUGUACAGAGCCUGAUACUUUUUGUAAAUGGCUUCAAAUUAAUCCAUGUCAAUCAAAUGAUAAUUUAGCUGAUUGUAAUUCAUAUCACUCUACUGAGUUAGAUAUUGAGAUUGAUGUGGUAAAUAUUGAUGUCACAUUAGAAAAUAAAAAAGAACUAAAAAAAAGAAAAGAAAAUAAAGAAUAUGCAAAUACGAAAAUUACAGUAUUGGAACUUGAAAGGAAAUUAGAACCAUUUUAUGAUUUCGUUUGUGAAACUGCUAGAGAAAUUGGUAUUAAGCUAAUUUCUGAAGAAAUUGUACCCACUGUCGUACAUUGUGCGGCUAGUCGAAUGAUAAUGCGAGCUGUUGAAUGUCUUACAGAAGAUUUAGUCAGAAUGUCUUUAGCAAAAGCUUGGGAAAGAUGCAGUAAUAAUGGAUAUCCAAAAAUGAUAGUUUUGGAUGAUGUACGUGGAGCUCUUUUAAAUCGUGAAGAAUUUGAUAUUUUUACAAAUCACGGCUUAGGUUCAAAAUACAGAUUAUCAAUUAUAGAUUAAUUUAAAAAAAUAUAAAAUCUAGGAAUUUUAAUUAUGAUUAUGUAUGCAUGUGGAUGUACGCGCACAUGCGCGUAUGUGUGAAUAUUAAAAAAAUAUUAAGAAAAAAAAAAAUUCUGCCAUAUUUGAAAUAUAAGCAAUAAAGGUAAGCUGCAAUAUGCGCUCCAAUACAAUUCUGAAAACGGAAGCCUCGCAUAUGUACAAAUUUAUAAUUUUGAAUAAAGUAUAUAUGAAAUUUUGUA